UUGAGGUUUCAAGAGCUGACCUAGAGUUACCAGAUGUACAGAGGAGACGGCCAUUUUUACGAACCCAGAUGAAUGGCCGCAUAUUCUGGCAGCUUCUUGAGCUCAGAAAAAGCACCUUCUCGCUUUUUGCAGUGAUUUGUUUUCAAAUUGUCCACAACCGGGCCAAAAGGGAAGAAGCGAAGUAGGGUAGACGCACGGGAUUGACAAGGACGGCCGAGCGUCAUGAGAGAGGAACAGUCUUGUGGCGACUUUCCCGAGGGUGGGGUCCUACCCAGUGAAGAGGAGCAGGAACGUCGACCUAACAAGUGCCCCGUCGUCGUCGCACCACCAGCGGGUGCUCGAAAGCGGCUGACAGGUCCCAAGAAAGAGCCUAGUGGACCCCUAACACAGGACGACAAGACACCACUGGAGGGCCCGUCUACGCUCGCUCCCUCCUGCCCCAAGAGGCCCAAGAGGAGCUCUCCCUCUUCCUCAUCGACCUCCGCGACCUCCCUAGUGCCCAGCGUGAGCACGGUGUCACCUGUGCCCGGGCAACCCUUCGAAGACCUCCACACGCAACGAGUGAUCGCUAACGUCCGGGAGCGGCAGCGCACGCAGUCCCUAAACGACGCUUUCGCCUCGCUGCGGAAGAUCAUCCCCACGUUGCCUUCGGACAAACUGAGCAAGAUUCAGAUCCUCAAACUGGCUUCGAGAUACAUCGAUUUUCUCUACCAGGUCCUCCAGAGCGAUGAAAUGGAUGCCAAGCUGGCCAGUUGUAACUACCUGGCCCACGAAAGGCUGAGCUACGCCUUCUCCGUGUGGAGGAUGGAGGGCGCUUGGUCCAUGUCUGCCACUCACUAGACGUCCACCCGUUCCUGACGACCCUACAGCCCCGUACGACCCUCCAGAUCCAACCAGCCUCUGAACCUCUGAACUGCAUUCUGCCCCCAGAGAAAGUGACUCUGAUUAUUAAACCUACCGCUGUCUGUCUACUAGCUACGGUUUCAAAUUCACCAGCAACAGCUAUUUGACUCCUGCUGCCAUGACUUGACCCUGCCUGAAGCUGACCUCUGACCUUCCAACAACACCGAUCUUUUCACUUUUUCUCAGAGCAACCCUCGACAGCAUCUCACUAUCCCAGAGGACAUCAUGCUUCAACUACAAGCCAACAAUCUUUCCCUUCUUCCAAUGGAGCGAUACAACAAAAAAGUCCCCUCCGCCAUCUAAAGGAACUAAGUUUGUUCUGGAAAUGACUCUGAUUGAUUGGCAGAGUGCUGAUUUGAGAUCAGCGUUCACUGACUUUGAUUAUGUACGGACACGCGGAGGCAGACACCGACUGUCAUGAGGACUCUACACUUAUAGCUAUCCUAUACCAGCUAGCCUGACGGAAAAAAAAAAUGCUACGUAGACUCACUAUAUUCCCUGAUAUACAGAUCCGAUCAUUUCAGAGUCGUUGCGAUUGUCAUUUAUGCUGUAUAUUAGCCAACAUUAUUGCUCCUGUGACAGUGUAACAAUUGUGUCAUGGUAUAUACCACAAUCGUCUAAAUGUAAAGGUUGUUAUGUUUUUAAAAAAAAAAAAUAAAGCCGUAAGAUUAAU